AUGAAAAACGGGUGGGAAAACCUCACCGGUGUGCCAGCCGAUGAGAAGAUGACAGAUUCUGCUAAUGGGGCGACAGAAAACUCGCAUGAUGGGCAAAAGCGACCGCAGUUUGGUACCCGCUUUUUGACAGACCCACGCCAAGUGUUUCAGCAUAACGCCUGGGAUAACGUGGAGUGGUCCAAAGAGCAGGAGGAUGCGGCCCGGAUAAAGGUGCAGGAGAACAGCGAGCCUCUCCCAGCAGAGAAACAAGAGGCGUUUGAGAACCGAGCCAAUGAAUACUGGAACGACUUCUAUUCCAUUCAUGAGAACCGCUUCUUUAAGGACCGACACUGGCUCUUUACCGAGUUUCCCGAGCUUGGCCCCCAGCAUUCACAGAGCUCUGCAGCAAACACGGCCUCGGCUGAGGAACUCGCCCAGAGCGCGGCAAACUUUCCUGGAACCUCUGCCUCCUAUCGCAUUCUAGAGGUUGGCUGUGGAGUUGGCAAUACGGUGUUUCCAAUUCUCAAGACCAAUAAUGACCCGGGCCUAUUUGUGUACUGCUGUGAUUUUUCCAGUACGGCUAUUGACCUUGUCAAGUCUAAUCCGGAGUACGACCCAUCACGUUGCCACGCCUUUGUCCACGACCUGAGUGACGCGACAGCAGCCUAUCCAAUGCCAGAACAAAGCCUCGAUGUCAUCGUUCUCAUCUUCGUCCUCUCCGCCUUGCACCCUGAAAAGAUGCAAAGCUGUAUCAGUCGACUGGCCAGUCUGCUCAAACCUGGAGGAGUUCUCUUACUGCGUGACUACGGACGCUAUGACAUGGCCCAGCUUCGAUUUAAAAAGGGAAGGUGCUUGUCCGAAAAUUUCUACGUCAGAGGAGAUGGAACACGGGUCUAUUUUUUUACUCAAGAGGAUCUCCAUGAGCUUUUCUGUGAAGCAGGACUGGAGAAGUUGCAAAACCUGGUGGAUCGGAGGCUGCAGGUGAACAGAGGGAAGCAGCUGACCAUGUACAGAGUCUGGGUGCAGUGUAAAUACCGCAAACCUCAAAAGCUUCCAGAACCUACAGUAAAGGACUGAUUCAGAAUCUGAACCCUUCCUAAGAGGACACAGAUUAUUUGGGAUAAGAACUUUUAUAUAGUGAUGUGACUUGGGGGUGUGUGUGGAAAUAGAGAAGAACCCUCCAUCAUCUUUCGCUGUCCAUUGCUUGUUUUUAAAGCAUUUUAAACAUUUGUAUCUGAAUAAUAAAAGAUGGCAUAUUUGAAAA